AUGCCGAGUCCUCAAGCUGACCUUGAGUCGAAGCUCGCUAAUAUCAUCAGUCUUCUGUCACACCCUAGCGCACCCAUUAGUGGAGGAGUCCAGCCACCCGUGGAUCUGGAUUGCGGACUGGCUGCAAUUCCGGAAUAUCUCAGCGACAGCCCAAAUCCAUCAGCUGAAUGGAUGAACCAAUUGUACAUGGCUAGUGCUGAAUUGGAUGAAGGCCUGGAGUCGAGCGAAAACCAUAAUACCAUCGAAAAUACCCUUGAAAAAUCUUGGGACACCUCAACUGCGAUAGACGCCGCGUGGAUCACCGAUUUGGGCCUCGGUCCUGUCGUCCUUGAGCAUCUUUUAGACAGGUUCCGAGGCAUGGCGUCCUACUAUCCAUUUGUGCGGCUCUCAUCCGGCUGGAAUGCUGCGUCGAUGGCUGAAGAUCGCCCCUUCCUAUUGCUUGCAGUGGCUGCCGCUGCGUCCUCAAAUUACUGUCACCUUCAGGAUGCUUUGAUACAAAAAUUCAAAGAAUCUCUCAGUCAGCGGGUCCUGAUAGCUGGUGAGAAGGAUCUAGAUCUGCUCCAGGGACUACUUGUUCACCUUGCCUGGUAA